CUGUGUGUUGGGUUGUGUUGGGUGGCUCUGAAGAUGCAAAUCUGGCCCAACUGCAUGUCUGACCUUCUCAGCCAAUACGGGUCCUUAGAAGAUUAAGUAUCAGUAUAACACAGGGUCAAAUAAGUGAAGACGUGUGCAGAGCCUUACAGCCAGACGUCUGGACACUCUCCUUUUGUUGCUUCUCUGAGGUGUGAAGUCUGUGAACAUUAUGUCUGACACAGAGGAUAUUGGGGUUGAAGAGGUCGAAGAGGAAGAAGAGGUAUUAGAUGUAGAGGUAGCCCCAGAGGUUGAGCCUGAGGAAGAGCCUGAGCCAGAACCAGAACAAGUGCAUGAGGAAGAGGCCUAUGAAGAGGAAGAGGAAAAGCCUAAAUUUAGACCCAGUGCACCAAAAAUCCCAGAUGGAGAGAAAGUAGACUUUGAUGACAUCCACAAAAAGCGACAGAAUAAGGAUCUAAUUGAGCUGCAGACACUCAUUGAUGCCCACUUUGAAUGCAGGAAAAAGGAGGAGGAGGAACUUAUUGCGCUGAAGGAGAGAAUUGAGAAACGUAGGGCUGAGAGAGCAGACCAGCAAAGGUCCCGUGCUGAAAAGGACAAAGAGCGCCAAGCAAGACGUGAGGAGGAAAGGCUACGGAAAGAGGAGGCAGAUGCAAAGAAGAAGGCAGAGGAGGAUGCUAAGAAGAAAUCUGUUCUGACAAGCAUGGGCUCCAACUACAGCAGCUACCUGCAAAAGGCUGACCAAAAGAAGGGAAAGAAACAGACAGAGAGAGAGAAGAAAAAAAAAAUCUUGGCUGACAGACGCAAGCCUCUAAACAUUGAUCAUCUAAAUGAAGACAAGCUGAGGGAUAAGGCCAAGGAGCUAUGGGACUGGAUGUACAAUCUUGAGUCUGAAAAAUUUGACCACAUUGAGAAGCUAAAGAGGCAGAAGUAUGAGGUCAUCUCACUUCGCAACCGUAUUGAUGAGCUGCAGAAGCACUCCAAGAAGGGUGCUGCUGCUCGUCGCAGAAAGUAAUCUGUUGAUGGAGAAGAUUGUACUAUUUGAAACAAUGGCCUCUCGUUGUCUUCAGACAGCUGAAUUUCGACUGAUCCUCAAAUAUGAAGUACCAUGUGUUUUUAUUCUAGCUCCUUUGGUGUGUAACCACUGUAAGGUUUUCAUUCUCUGGGUGUAUAAAUAAAAUUUUAGAUUUUCGA